UCGGCAGCGAAUGAGCGACUUGCUUUCCGGGCGGUGCGGCGGCGACGGCGGCCGGGUCUUCCUCCUCUUGCCGCGGGGCCAGAUCCCCCGACGGUAUCCAGCUGCGUUUAAGUCUGGCCGGUGCCACCUGUCUCCGCAAUGCCCCCCAAGAAACAGGCUCAGGCCGGGGGCAGCAAAAAGGCGGAGCAGAAAAAGAAGGAAAAGAUUAUCGAAGACAAAACUUUUGGUCUAAAGAAUAAGAAAGGAGCAAAGCAACAGAAGUUUAUCAAAGCUGUCACUCAUCAGGUUAAAUUUGGUCAACAAAAUCCACGUCAGGUAGCACAAAGUGAAGCUGAGAAGAAAUUGAAGAAAGAUGACAAGAAGAAAGAAUUACAGGAACUAAAUGAGCUCUUCAAGCCUGUAGUUGCUGCUCAAAAAAUUAGUAAAGGUGCAGAUCCCAAGUCCGUGGUAUGUGCAUUCUUCAAGCAAGGACAAUGUACUAAAGGAGAUAAGUGUAAAUUCUCUCAUGACUUGACUCUGGAGAGAAAAUGUGAAAAGCGGAGUGUUUACAUUGAUGCAAGAGAUGAAGAACUUGAAAAGGAUACUAUGGAUAAUUGGGAUGAGAAAAAGCUGGAAGAAGUAGUGAACAAGAAGCACGGUGAGGCGGAAAAGAAAAAACCAAAAACUCAAAUAGUAUGCAAGCAUUUCCUUGAAGCCAUUGAAAACAACAAGUAUGGCUGGUUUUGGGUUUGUCCUGGAGGGGGCGAUAAUUGCAUGUAUCGCCAUGCACUUCCUCCUGGAUUUGUAUUGAAAAAAGACAAAAAGAAAGAAGAGAAAGAGGAUGAAAUUUCAUUAGAAGAUCUAAUUGAAAGAGAGCGUGCUGCCCUAGGCCCAAAUGUUACCAAAAUCACUCUAGAAUCUUUUCUUGCAUGGAAAAAAAGGAAAAGACAAGAAAAAAUUGAUAGACUUGAACAAGAUAUGGAAAGAAGAAAAGCUGACUUCAAAGCAGGCAAAGCACUAGUGAUCAGUGGUCGUGAGGUAUUUGAAUUUCGUCCUGAAUUGGUCAAUGAUGAUGAUGAAGAAGCAGAUGAUACCCGUUACACCCAAGGAACAGGUGGUGAUGAGGUUGAUGAUUCAAUGAGCGUUAAUGACAUAGAUUUAAGCCUGUACGUCCCAAGAGAUGUAGAUGAGACAGGUAUUACUGUAGCCAGUCUUGAAAGAUUCAGCACAUAUACUUCAGAUAAAGACGAAAACAAAUUAAGCGAAGCUUCUGGAGGUAGGGCUGAAAAUGGUGAAAGAAGUGAUCUGGAAGAAGACAAUGAAGGGGAAGGGCAGGAAAAUGGAGCCAUUGAUGCCGUUCCUGUUGAUGAAAAUCUUUUUACUGGGGAAGAUUUGGAUGAACUAGAAGAAGAAUUAAACACACUUGAUUUAGAAGAAUGACACCAAGCAAGUCAAUGACAAAAUUAAGUCAGCUCAACGUGAGUUGAAAUUGACUACAUUAAUUUUUUUCCGCCUAGAAUCAACAGGAUGUUUGUUUCUCAUGCUGAUUCUGGAGGGUUUGUUCUCCAAAAAAGGAAUAUUCUCCCUACGUCUUCUCUUCUGACUUUGACUACAUCUCAUAGUAAGUUCAGAGUAGUUCAUGAUAAAUUGAAAAUAUAAUGGUCAUUGCAGAAAAUGAUUGAUUGUUGUAACUGUCCACUCAAGUAGGAAUUGUAACUGCUUUUUCAGCUUUUGGUUCUCAUUGGGCAUGUGUUAUUCCCUAAACAACAUAAAUUUACUUUAAAAUACCCUUCAUUUGAUGCAGUUUUUAGUGAGUGAUUUCAUUUCCUUUGUAUUUAUAUGUUUAAAAGACUGCCUGAAUAUGAGAACUGUACUUCAUAAAGGAAACUGCAUAUGCAGAUUCAGUAUUGUAUAUCUUUGGACAAGUAGAUGGACAUUUAAAAUGGGACUUUAAUCUGACAGGAUCAGUUAUAAUGCCCUGUGUUAAACUGUUUAAAAGUUUUCCCUCUUCUUUUUUGCCAAUAAAGUUGUAAAUAAAGACCGUCAUACAUUAAAAUUAAGUAUGGGCCUUCGUUUUAUUUUUUCUGUGAAAAUUUUCUUAACAUUUUUAGCUUCAGGAUUUUAACUAGGUAUCAUAUAGUAUCACAUAAGGCAGGAUACUUAAGUUAUCUUAAUAACUACACAGAACCAUGUAGAGUACUGAUCGUGCUAUGAGUUUAAUACUUAGCUUCCAAAAGAGACUGUAGACAGUGUUAUAUGAAAAGGUAUUUCUUGAAAUUAAUUAACCUAAUUAAAAAGCAACUGAUAAUUUAGCCAAAUACUACUUAAGAAUCGUUGCUAAGAACCAUGUGUUAAAAUAGUGCAUAUUAAAGUUCGAUUACAGUUGGGAAGAAAUUGAACAAAUUCACCAGAAAACUUUGGGCUGAAGGUCUUUGGGUAGUAGCACAUUUUAAAUGGAAGUAAUUUGUUAAUGACAUACCUUUUUAACCAUCAUUGUAUUGUUUUUUUUUUUUUUUCUAAAUAAUACUGUGGUUCUUUUGUUAUUUGCAAAUAUAAGUGGAUUUUAAGGUUACUAAGAUAAUAGCUUAACUGAAGUGGUAAGUGACCUAAGAUCCAGCCUCAGGUAAAUUGUAGGAUUUUUUAAAUUUCUAGUUUCUUUGUUCUUUAUUUGCAUGUAAAAAUUAAAACUAAAUGAUCUCUGAAGUGCUUUUAAAUUGUAAAACGUAAGACAACAGGGUUGUAAAUCAAAGUUGAUAAAGAAAUUGACUUCCUAGCUAUUCAAUACUAGUAGUACUAUAAUUUGCACUUUUCAAAUAUAGGCUGUCAUAGGCUAAGGUUUUCUUCCCAUCUGUGGUAAAAUUGUACUUACAUACUUCAUAUAUAAAAGAGACUGCUUGAGUUUUAAAGUUUAUAUUCAUGAUAUAUUUGUUCCAUUCUUUUUGUGAAAAACCUUAGAUUUCUUUUAAAGCUAAGGGAGAUGGAGAGAGGCUGGUAUAUGUCUAUGCUGUCCAAAAAUUUAAAAAACAAACAAAAAAAAGAUUUAUUUGAAAGAGUUACAGAGAUAGAGGGAGAGACAGAAAGAUCUUCCAUUGGUUUACUCCCCAGAUGGCCUCAAUGGCUAAGGCUGGGCCAGGUCUGAGACAGAAGCUUCUUACAGGACUCCCACUUGUAUGGCAGGGCCCCAGACACUUGGGCCAUCUUCUGCUUUUCCCAGGCCAUUACUGGGGAGCUGGAUUGGAAGUGGAGCCCAGGGAGCAGUGCUGUGGCGCAGCAGGUUAAAGCCCUGGCCCCAGUGCCAGCAUCCCAUGCGGGUGCCAGUUCGAGUCCUGGCUAUUCCACUUCAGAUCCAGCUCUCUGCUAUAGCCUGAGAAAGCAGUGGAGGAUGGCCCAAGUCCUUGGGCCCCUGCAACCACUUAGGAGACCUGGAGGAAGCUGCUGGCUCCUGGCUUGGGAUCAGCUCAGCACUGGCCGUUGCGGUCAUUUGGGAGUGAACCAGCGGAUGGAAGACCUUUCUUUCUCUGGCUCUACAUCUCGCUGUAGUUCUUUCAAAUAAAUAAAAAAAAAAAAAGAAGUGAAGCCCAUAAGGUAUGCAGGCAUCAUAGGCAGCAGCUUAACCCACAUCACAACACUGACUGCAGAAAAACUUAAAUGUUACUGCCUUAUUUAAUAAUGAAACAUUAUCAGAAUGGUCUAAAGAGCUUGAGCCUUUUAGAAGCUGUAACCCAAGGCAGCAUUGUGGCAUAGUAGGUAAAGCUGCCACCUGCAACUCUAGCAUCCCAUAUGAAUUGUUGGUUCAUGUCCUAGCUGCUUCACUUCCAAUCCAGUUUCCUGUUGAUGGCCUGGGAAAAGCAGUGGAGGAUGGCCCAAGUGUUUGGGCCCCUGCUACCCAUGUAGGAGACCCAGGUGAAGCUCCUGGCUUUGACUUGGCCUGGCCCUGGCUGUUGGGGCUAUAUGGGGAGUGAACUGGUAGAUGGAAGGGAGGUGACUUUCACGUAAAUAAGUAAAAAUCUUUUAAAAAUUAGAAAAAGCUAUAACUCAAACAAUCCUUUUAUCAUCUAAAAUUUAAGAGUUUGUAUCAAAUGGAAGUUAAUCAUUUAGUUUAGACCUGAAUUUUGGGGGUUUCUGCCCCCCCACACACACACCCUUCCCACAUGGAAGGUAGGUCUGUAUAAACAAAAAUAUGCUUGGAGGCUUUUAGGUGUUUAUUUUCAAGCAUCAUGACUUCGUUGUAAAUAUUUUUUGAUUUUGAAAACCAGGUUUUCUUUAGUAAGUGAGUCAAAGGAAAAAUGCUUCAAUAUGGAGGUAGUUACUGCUACCUACCUACCUGUCUUUAAUUCUUAAAUAGCCUUUGUUUAUCUUAUCUAUCGUGCUCUGAGGCAGUCACUUCAUGAUUCUGAUUAUCUUUGCUCAGAGAAUGCAAAGGCAUUUUAAGCUAAGAAAAUCAAAAUGGAGGCCAGUAGAAAUAAUUUUGUUUAUGGUACAGUUACUCUAUAUUAUUAGUACAGCUAAUCUGGAAGUGACUAAUUUGUCAAGUCUAUUUCCUUUUAUUCUGAAAAAUGAGAUUGUUUUCCCAAAUGUAAAAACUUUUCAUUUUCUCCUUAGUAUCUAUGAAAUUUCCACUGUCUACACUCUUUCUAUCCUAUUGUCAACAACUAUUACAGCAUGUAAUAAUGCCAUGUUUUCCAGAAUCUUUCUAAUUCAUUAUAGUUAUAUUGUAGACUUGACUUUCUUUGCACAGAAGGCUUAUCAAAUACUGUGUCCAUAAUGUUCUGAUGUAAGUUGUGUAAUUUGGCAAAUUUUUUUUAAUAUUUGAUGUAGUAGUCAACUGAACAUUAAGUGAUUUAAAAUGUAAUAAUAAUGAAACUAAUGGAAGAGAGGUUUAGAUAAAGAUCAUUAAGAAAGUUUUGCACCUAUCCCCACAGAAGUUUAUACAAAUGAUUAUUGGUAUUACUGUAUGUUUUAUUCUGGGUAGUUUAUUUUGUAUAAAGAACUUUCAGGAUUACACACUACAAAUCCGUUACUCCCUAUGAAAAGUAAAGAACUGAUUCAGAUAUAAAUACUAUUAUGUUAAUGCUUGUGGGUACUUAGCACACUGUUCAUAUCUCAUGAAAUCAAAUACAUAUUUCAAUGAAUGAGCACUAAGGAAUACCAAAUAAGAGGAUGAACUGUCAAAAUUUAGUUUGGGGUUUUUGUGUUUUCUUAAAGUAUAAAGUAUAUAUCCUACUGAUAAUUGCAGUGUUUUAUGAAUAAAGAUAAUACCUAGUUUGUCAAUAGUCGAAAGUACUAGGAACUGACCUCUUAAUUAAAUGUAGAAUAUCACAAUAUCCACAAAAUUUUAUUCCUUCAGAAACAAACCUUAAUGAAAUGUUAGUAUAAAAUGUGUUUUCAUAUCUUCUGCCACCUUUCUUAAUGCUGUUUUCCCUUUUAUUAAUUGCUGUUUCUUAAUGUGGAAAGAGAAAUGAUGGCUAGUUUUCAUUCAUUCAGCUAAGAUAUUUUUGUGCAUUUUCACAUAUGUAUAUUGAGCACCAUAGAUAGUAUGUGACAUUUAAAUACAUGGUCUCUACCUAGUUUGAGUAUACAUUUUAGAAGGGGAAUAAUAACCACUGCAAGGUGGAAGGGGUAAGUGCCUAACCAUUAAUAUGGAUGCCUUUUCAAUCAGACUAUAGGAAAACCUUUCAGUCAUGUUACAUUCAGAUUUAAUUGAAUGUUUAAAAAAAAAAAAAAACGAAGAUGUUCCUAUGAAAAUACUGUGUCAAAAGGCAUUGAACACUUACAUUUUUUGUCAGUCUUGUCUAGGAUAUGCCUGUUUUUUUUUUUUUUUUGGUUUUUUUUUUUUUUUUUUUGUUUUUAAGAUUUAUUUAUUUGAAAGACAGAGUUAGAGAGGUAGAGACAGAGAGAGAGGUCUUCCAUCUGCUAGUUCACUCCCGAGAUGGCCGCACCGGCCGGAGCUGUGCUGAUCCAAAACCAGGAGGCAGAAGCUUCUUCCAGGUCUCCCACGUGGGUGCAGGGUCCCAAGGACUUGGCCCAUCUUCUACUGCUUUCCCAAGCCAUAGCAGAGAGCUGGAUCAAAAGAGGAGCAGCUGGGACUAGAACCGGCACCCAUAUGGGAUGCUGGCGCUUCAGGCCAGGGCUUUAAACCACUGUGUCAACAGUGCCAGCCCUUAGGAUAUGCCUGUUUUAAAAGAACCGUGUAUCAGUUUCAUUCCAAAUGAGCCGCUGUUUAAUUUCUCCUGUGACUCCUUUAAACCAUAUUUUCAUCAGUCUUAAGAAACUAUUUCAGAAACAAAAGGCAUCUGUAUGACUUUUUUACUGUACAUUUUAAGAAUUUUAUGGUAUUGGUAUUUAUUUUGAAUAAUAUGACUAUAGUAUGUGUGGAUAUAUAGUAUCAAAGAAUAUAUAAUUAAAAGUAAAUAACAAAUCUCUUAAGUUAGAAGUGUAGUAUAGUAACACGAUAGUUGUGUAGUUCACUUCAUGAUUAGGUAUUAUUGUAAAGGGGGCGGCACUGUGGCAUAGAAGGUAAAGCCUCUGCCUGCAAUGCUGGCAUCCCAUAUAUGUGCCAAUUUGGGUCCCGGCUGCUCCACUUCCUAUCCAGCUCUCUGCUAAUGCUCCUGAGAAAGCAGCAGAGGAUGGCCCAAGUCCUUGGGUCCCUGCACCCAUGUGUGAGACCCCAAGGAAGUUCCUGGUUCUUGCCUUCAGCCUGGCCCAGGCCUGGCCAUUGUUGCUGUGUGAGGAGUGAACCAGCAGAUGGAAGAUCUCUCUUUGUAUCUCUGCCUUUAAAAAUAAAUAAAUAAAUCUUUUUUUUUAAGGAAAGGUAUUAUUGUAUAGAUAUUUCACUUAAAAAUGAGAAAUGUGGAAGAAGUAGAAUCCGUGGCAUUAGGAAUGUUCAUCCUUGUGUUUUUACACAAUACUGAAGAGUGGAAAAUAAAGAUUUUAGUACCAAAAUCCUUUUUUGAUAAGUAAUUUAAUAAGUUAACAUUUAAUUGAAAUAGACAAAUAGAUAAAAAUAAAUUUAAUUCCAUUUUCCAUGAACUUCUUGAAGUACUCUUGUAGAAGAUGAAAUAAGGUGAACUUUUCUUGAAGAAAGAACACCAAAUAGUAUACUUCAGUUGUUGUCUUCCAGAAAUAGUGAGUUUGUGCUUUCAAAGGAAUGAAUAUAAGUAUAAUAAAACAUCUAUAACAAAAUGUCUUUCUGGGCAUUUGAAUUAAACAAGACUUGUUAAUAUGUUAGUAUGAAGAGAGAGAGAGAGAGGUAGAUAUUUACCACUAUCACCACCCAGAAUCAAAAAUAUGCCAUUCAGGUAGUAAGAAAAAGCAAAAUUGUAAUGUAAAUUGUUCUGAUUUUUCCUAUUGACAUUUGAAAGCUAAUGGUACUUUGUAGCCAACUUGUUUUAAGCUUGAUUAUUACUUAGGAGUUUUGUGUACUACCUUGAACUCUGCCUGUUUAUUGGGAGUCAAAUGAAAAUAACAAGUUUGGGUUUUGUUUUGUUUUGUUCUGUUUUGUUUCUUAGGUUUCAGUGAGGUUCUUAAAUGCAUAAUGGAAGGAUUAAACUGCUCUUUCUUCCUAAACCAGAAAAGCAUCUUUUGCAUCUCUUCAUCUUCUCUUCCCUUUGAUAGUUGAAGAUUAGAAGACUGAAUGCAGAAUUGUCAGGACUUGUCCAGAGUCAAACAUAAGCACAAGAAAAAAGUUGUGUGCCAAGGAGAUUUCAGAGGCUUUGACAGUAAAUGUAGGCCAUUGACAGGUUUAUUCUUGUACAGCUUGUAUUUUUCUAUCUGAUUUAUUAUAUAACUGGAUAAGAGUCACAAUACUUGCCUGUAGGAAUGAGAAUGAAAUCUUCUGUGAGAAAUAGGAUAUUUUGGAAUUUGUUGUGCAAUGACUUUUACAUGAAGACUUUGCCAAAUAAAAGUGAAAUAUAUUUUUUCAAAAUGUGAACUUACAUAGUGAUUUAUUAACAUCAAAACAGAAAAACCUUGGGGUCAGCAACUGGCAUAGCAGGUUAAGCCACAGCCUGCAACUCUGGCAUCCUAUAUGGAUGCUGGUUCAAGACCCAGCUACUCCACUUCCGAUCCAGCUCCCUGCUAAUGCACCUGGAAAAGCAGCGGAGGAUGGCCCAAGUCCUUGGGUCCCUGCACACAUAUGGGAGACCAAGAAGAAGCUUCUGGCUCCUGGCUUCAGCCUGGCCUAGGCCUGAUCAUUGCGGACAUCUGGGGAGUGAACCAGCGGAUGGAAGAUCUUUGUCUCCCCUUCACUCUCUCUGGAACUCUUGACUUUCAAAUAAAUUUUUUAAAAAAACCUUUAAAAUAAAUUAAUUAAUUGAGCAGAAUAAGCCAAAUUUGAGAGAGAAAUUGGUUGUGACUGAUUAAUUCCUCUGAUAAAACUAGUUUUGAAGAGAUCUUUACUAAACUUUUUAAACCGCUUUAUUGCUAAACAUUUUUAAAGUGUGUAACUUGGUGUUUGACAAAUAUAUUUGUCUAGGAAACCAUAAUCACAAUUGUAAAAUAAUGCUCAUAGUCAGCACUUCCCUAAAGGAUUCCUCAUGCCCCUUUGUAUACCUUUCCUCCUCAAAUAGACUACAUCCCCAAUAAUUUAUAUUUUUAAUGCAAGUGGAAUCAUAUGUAUUUUUCCUUUCUUUUUGUUUUGUUUAUUUUCACUCUGUCAUUAUUUGGAGAUUUACCUGUGUUACUGCAUUGAUCAGUAGUGCAUUUCUGUAAAUUACUAAAUAGUAUUUCUUUGUAUGGACAGAACAGUUUGUUUCUCCAUUCACUUUUUGUUGGAUGUGAGUUUCCAGUUUGGGAUUAUUACAAAUAAAGUCAGUAUGAACAGUCAUGUACAA